GUCCCCCAAACAAAUGCCAUGAAUAGAGAGGUGAAAACUGGAGAGAAACUCCCAAGCAACUCCCAAAGUCUCAAUCUGCUCAACGGACAUGUUCCAAUGAUUCACUUGUUCGUUAUUAAUUGUUACAUUUUCUUUGUUUAUAUAUACGCACAUGUAAGGAUGCAGGAAGACGAUCGAUCAAGGUUCACCUCGGAAAAGAAAAAAGAACAGAAAGAAAGACGAUCUAGAGGGAGCCAAAGAUUGCAAGAUCGAUCGCAAGGUAACGUACACGUACAGGUGAGAGGAAUCGAUGCCGGCCGACGCGCGAGCUGCUCCGCCGUCGUGCCCGUUCCCGACGAUACGGUCGCAUGGCGCCGCCGUGGCGAGGUCGCACGCCUACGACUGGCUCGCGCUGCUCCUCCUCGUCGCCGUCGACGGCCUCCUCAACGCCAUCGAGCCGUUCCACCGGUUCGUCGGCGCCGGCAUGAUGACCGAUCUCAGAUACCCCAUGAAGCGCAACACCGUCCCCAUCUGGGCCGUCCCGAUCGUCGCUGUCAUUGGGCCCAUGAUUGUCUUCACCGUCGUCUACUUCAGGAGGAGGAACGUGUACGAUCUUCACCAUGCUGUGCUAGGCAUUCUGUUUUCGGUGCUGAUUACCGGCGUGCUCACCGACGCGAUCAAGGAUGCCGUCGGCCGCCCGAGGCCGAACUUCUUCUGGCGCUGCUUCCCCGACGGAAUCGCGGUGUUCGAUAACGUCACCACGGGAGUCAUCUGCCACGGCGACGCGAGCGUGAUCAAGGAGGGACACAAGAGCUUCCCGAGCGGCCACACUUCAUGGUCUUUCGCCGGUCUGGGGUUCCUGUCGUGGUACCUUGCCGGGAAGAUCACGGUGUUCGACCGGCGCGGGCACGUCGCCAAGCUGUGCGUCGUCCUCGCGCCUCUGCUCGUUGCGGCGAUGGUCGCCAUCUCGAGGGUGGACGACUACUGGCACCAUUGGCAAGACGUCUGCACGGGAGGCGUCCUUGGAUUGGUGGUUGCCUCUGUCUGCUAUCUUCAGUUCUUCCCGGCUCCUUCAGAUGAGAAAGGGUUCUGGCCUCACGCGCACUUUAGGUACAUCACCGAGAGGGGAAGCGAGAACCCAACGCAGCAAGCCACCGAACCACUGGACGCCAUGGAAACCGGUAGGGGAGGCCAAUGAACAAGGUGCAAGCAAGACCAAUCUUGUGUAUAUAAGGCCAUAAUGUACAGCUCCUCCUCAAGGCACGGGAGGUAAUCGUCGUUAGUUUGUAAAUACUUUGGCGUGGGCCAAUGGUACCGACUAACUUGACUACUGACCUGACGCAAAUAGGUGUUGUUUGUACAUACUGUAUGUAUUUUCAACGAAGUUUGUACAUAUGUAUUGGUUUUGCUUACUUAUGUACUCCUAUGUAUUUUAAAUAAUUUUAGUGUCUAAAAUUCCGUUCUUCUCCCAAGAAUGGCACGGGGUCAGAUCAAGCUCUGUGUUAAGGCCUGAACUGGCCCAUCCUAUUUGGGCUUGAAUUCAAGAAAUCAUUGUGAAAA